AUGCGUUUCAUCGAUCGAGCUAAUCUUCUCAAUUCGGUCCUCCUCGCGAUUCCGUCCUUGUCGGCAGCCUUCUACCUCCCUGGUGUUGCUCCGAGCUCAUAUGACCAAGGCCAAAAUGUCCCCCUCUUCGUGAACCACUUGACCCCCGGUCUUUCACGCGAUGACCAAGUCUAUUCUGUAUUCGCGUACGACUAUUAUCAUCCGGCCUUCCACUUCUGUCGACCAGAUGGCGGCGCGCAGGAUGUCAGGGAAUCUUUGGGAAGCAUUUUGUUCGGCGAUCGAAUUCGCACCUCUCCCCUUGAGCUACACAUGGCUCAAAAUGAGACGUGUAAAGCUAUAUGUCCAGAGGUCAUGUUUGACGGCCGCAGCUCGCAGUUUACUAAUCGUCGAAUCUCCCAGGGGUACACUAUCAAUUGGAUUGUGGAUGGACUACCAGCGGCGCAGCUGAACUUCGACCAAAACACCAACACCAAGUUCUACAACCCUGGGUUUGCCCUUGGUGAUGUUGAUGAUGCUGAGAAGCCUUUUCUAAACAACCACUUCGAUAUCAUAAUUGAUUACCACCGUGUAACUGCCGGCAAAGACAAAUUUCGAGUGGUUGGUGUACUGGUGCAGCCUGAGUCUCGCAGUGAUUCACGUUUGUUAGAGGAUGGUACUGCUGACUGCGGAACCUCUGGAAACGUUCUAAUAUUGGAUGAAGACGGUGACACCCCUGUGACUUGGACCUACAGUGUUUACUGGAAGGAAUCACCUACUGCAUGGGCCACUCGAUGGGACAAGUACCUGCAUGUCUAUGAUCCCAAGAUCCACUGGUUUUCUCUGAUAAACUCCGCCGUAUUUGUGGUCUUCCUCGUCGGCAUGGUUAGUAUGAUCCUACUUCGCGCAUUGAAGAAGGAUAUUGCGCGUUAUAACCGCUUGGAUCAGUUCAGCUUGGAGGAUCUUGAUAGCACCUCAGCUGCCGUAGAGGACGGCAUUCAGGAGGAUUCUGGCUGGAAAUUGGUCCAUGGUGAUGUCUUCAGAUGCCCUGAACACCCACUUCUGUUGAGUGUGAUACUGGGUAAUGGCGCACAGCUCUUCAUGAUGACUGGCGUAACAGUUGCAUUUGCUCUCCUCGGUCUUCUUUCGCCUUCUAAUCGCGGAUUUUUGGCUACUGCUAUCCUUUUGAUCUCCGCACUUUUCGGUGUCAUUGGAGGAUACGUGUCAGCGCGAGUAUACAAGUCCUUCGGUGGCGAAUCAUGGAAGCGCAACAUCAUCAUGACCCCCUUGGUGGUCCCCGGUAUCAUUUUUGGCGGCUUUUUCGUGCUCAACUUGUUCGUAUGGGCAAAGGGCUCCAGCGGUGCUGUGCCGUUCUUCACAAUGGUGGCACUGCUUUUGAUCUGGUUCGUAAUCAGCGUGCCAUUGAGCGUGGCCGGUAGCUGGUUUGGAUUUAGACAAUCGGCAAUCGAGGGUCCCACCAAGACCAACCAGAUUCCCCGCCAGGUCCCUCCGAUGUCUGGCAGCCUUCGUACCAUUCCGUCCAUUCUACUGACAGGAAUCCUCCCCUUUGGGGCCAUUUUUGUUGAGUUAUACUUCAUCAUGACCUCUCUCUGGACCAACAAGAUUUAUUAUAUGUUUGGAUUCCUAUUCUUAUGCUAUGGAUUGAUGAUCAUCACCUCGGCUGCCACCACUGUUUUACUGGUGUACUUCCUCUUAUGCGCAGAGAAUUACCGAUGGCAAUGGCGGGCAUUUAUGGGUGCCGGUAUGACUGGUGGAUAUGUUUUCCUGAAUGCAUUAAUCUUCUGGGCGACCAGGAUGAACUUUGGUGGCCUGACUGGGGCAGUCCUCUACGUUGGUUAUUCGGCUCUGAUUGGCUUUGUUGUCUUCAUCUUGACUGGAUCUAUUGGCUUCUUCGCCAGUUGGGCAUUCAUUUAUCGUAUUUACGGCUCUAUCAAGGUGGACUAA